CCGUGUCCCACGUCGGACCUUUUCAAGUGAAAGACUCGUCGUUUGUUUUGACGGCGGCGCUUCCCUUCAAGAGAUGUCUUCAACCCUUUCGAAGCGUUAACACAAAACGUCGCUAACAUUUAUGCACGCUAUGGCCGAGGACGAGCUGGCUGCGUUCAGGUACCGUUGGCAACGGGAGUUAUACAGCGCAAAAGAGGAGCGGGGCUUCUCUCUUGUUCCGUCCCCCAGCCCCAAUUGCGAAGACGCGAGUGGAGGUCAAAGCGAGUCUGAACCCGAGACGAGUGGUGGCGCGGAAGGGUCAGAUUACGUUUCCAUCGCCAGGGGCUUGCUGGGCGGCAGGACGAGUCCCCUUCUGAACAGACUCGCGGAGGAGAGGAGCAGGAGGAAGAAGAAGUACCAAGAGGAGACAUCCGUCUGCAGGGAGUCCCUUAAGCAUCCUCGGAAAAAAGUCCAGAAAGAAGAGCAACUGGUGGAUCGACUCAUCCUAGAUCUGAACGAGGCCAACGACAUCCCCUUCUUUGACGUGGACUUGCCGUAUGAGUUAGCCCUGAAAAUAUUCCAACACCUUAACCGCUCUGAGCUCGGCAGAUGUGCACAGGUGAGCAAGGCGUGGCGAGUUCUGGCCGAAGACGAGGUGCUGUGGUUCAGGCUGUGCUCAGCGGAGGGCCACGCGCGCGGCGCCACCGUGUCCGACUCGCCUUGCUGGAAGGCGGCGCUGCGAGACCGUCGCCGGGCGGCUGCCGAUGUGCGCGCCAAUUGGAAGAAUCGCGUCGGCUGCAUCAGCCGGCUGCAGUUUGAGUUGGGGAAGGUGCUGUGCGACGUCAGCUCCUGCAACAACUACGUCCUGGCAGGGUACUCGUCGGGGGACGUCAGGCUGUGGAACACGUCGCAGCGGGACCUGCCGUCGUCCCACCUCCGGUCCAACCGGCUGUCGGCACUCUCCGAGCCCAGGCCGCCUGUCGCUCUGGUGCGCGUUGGCGGACACGUGGCGGCGGCCGCCUACCACGACGGCUGCGUGGACGUGUGGAGCGCACGGGCGGGCGGUGAGCCCAUUUACCACUGGCAGUCGGCGGCAAACCACCGCGCCUUGGCCCUCAGCGCGGACGGCUCCGUCCUGGCUUCAGCCGUCGGCUCGGACGUCCGGCUGGAUGGCGCCGACGACCGCGGAGCGUGGAGGACGCUCCGCCUGAACCUCCUCCCUAAGCCGGUUCAAAGUUUGGUGCUGGUGCCCAGUGGUGGUGGGCGGCGGCGGUGCCGCCGCGCGCUUACCGCGGCGGCGGCCGGUGACUCUGUCUACCUGCUGGACGAAGAGGAGGAGGAGGCCAGCACGCUGCACUCGGUGUACGGACACCCCGUCACCUGCCUGGAAGCCUCUGAGCGUCACCUGGCCUUCGGGGUGAAGCGCGUCGGCAUGGUCAACAAGAUUCAUGUGUACUGCGUGGAGACGGCCAAGGAGGUGGUGUGCGUCGGCGACUCACCGGGCGACUUCACCUGCGUCCACCUCCAAGACGGCAGCGCGCCGCACAUAAUGGCGUGCGGCAAUAAAGACAGGAGGGUGCGCGUGUUUGACCUGCGCUCAGGCUCCUGCGUGUCGACCUUGUACGCGCACCAGCUGGGCGUGACGUCGGUGCGCGCCGACGACUGGAAGGUGGUGAGCGGCGGCGGCGAGGGCCUUCUGUGCGUGUGGGACAUGAGAACGGCCAGCAAGCUGUGGGAGAUGCACAACAGACAUCCCGUGAGACACGUGCGUUUGGACAGCCGCACGCUGCUGACGGCCAACGUCCCCGACGACAAGACGCCACGGGGGGCUUGCAUCACCGACGACGACCUGACGGCCCAUCGCAGGCACCGAGGAGUCAUCUGCCACUACGACUUCUCAGGCGGCGGCGAUGAUGAUGAUGACAGUGGUGGCGUCCUUCCCAUCUGCAGGUCCAACUACGCCCAAUCGCACGGCUACAACUACAACAUUGCGCUGGCCGUGCCCUAUGACCGCCUCAGGUGACAAAAUGAGCAUGAAAAGCAAGGCCAGCAUUGUUUUUCUUUUCGUACUAGCCUCAGGUAGUGUAGGGGUACGCUCCACUGACUUGUCUGCAGUCUGCGUGCAUGGAAUCCAUUCCUGUUAAUGACCAUGUACAAAAAGGCAUUUUAAAUGAAAAAAUUACCAUGUAGUAGUAAUAUAGUAAGGCUUUUAAAACAAAAAAAGACCAAGGCUUCUUUUGUGUCAACAAAGGCAUACGAUUUUUAUUUUGAUCCAAAAGAGCCCAAAAAUUGCUUUUGUCAGAGAAUCGACUGUUUUUCGCGGCGACAGCUGUGAAGGCUUGCGUGGCGCUUUUGGGGGUCCCUCACCUUGUCGCAUCUGCAUAUGUGCUCAGAGAAGGGGUGGUCAAGAGGUGGCUUUUCUGCAGCGCAUGGUGGUGGUGUUGCCAGUAGUGAUGGGCACAUGAGGCUUCAUUGGGGUUUGAGGCUUUCCCACCAAACGGUGUGCAAAUAGGUACAUUUCUCGAGGCUUCAUGAGCACACAACCCCCCCUGCUGGUCAAAAGGAGUAAUUCAUUUCAUUAAUGAGAAUGACAUACAUUCACCUUUAUACUUUGCUUCAUGUAGCCUGAU